CCAAUAUAUAUGACCUUAAGUAUUGACUACAAUGAUUCAACAACCCCUUGUGCAUAUUAACAAAGAAAUCAACGAUGCAUGAGAAAAAUAUUACGUUUAGUGGUAAUACAUUUUAUGUUUUCCAGUCUAUAUAUAUAUAAACCUUGUGGUCUGGUUCCUUCUCCAAAGCCUGCCUGGUGAGGCACGAAGAGAGGAGAUGGCAGAAGCCGAGAAAGAGCGGCUGAAUCAGUUAUUAAGGCAGCAUCUCGACACCAACGGUGAAACCUUAGAGAAGUAAUUGCAGCUUUUGAGACAACCAUGGUUUGCUUCGCUUAGCUACGUGAGCUGGGAUGACGUCCUCGAAUUAGGAGAAGAGCUAUAUAAACAGGCAACUGCUGUGGGAACACUUUGGACUGGAGAAGGACCAGAUGCCACAGCACUUGAGGAGAGCAUGGAGACUUAUUCCAAUUUGCUUCAUAGAUUCCUUUUGCUUUCACAGGGAAGUAUCUUUGGUGUAAGAACAAGAACUGCACUUUAUGAAGAAAUGUGUGCCUCGGUAGAGGCGGUUGUCUAUUGUAGUUUUAAGUUGUUGAAGGAGUCCGUGGCUUCCUAUGGAAACAACAGUCAAGCGCAACUCUCAAUUCCUGAGGCUGUAGGAACUGUUUGGAAGGCAUGUUCAUCUCUUAAGGAGACCCCCAGGACAAACAUUACCGCCAUACGCCAAAGCAUGAUUCGUAUCGGAAGUUACAUAAAUAACGUUGUUCUUCGUAAAAUUAAGGAGCUUAAGCCUGCGUCCUCCUGCCCGUCUGAUGAGGUUUCAAAACCCGGCGAUACCAAUGACAGUGACUUAUCAUGCACAGAAAUGAAAAUUAUUGAAUUAGUGAUUGAAGCCGUGUCUGGAAUCAUUGCAACAAUCAGAGAAACGAUCCACUCGAUCACCAGUCUAUUCAAGGACCCUGAAACAGAUGACGAAAGGGCUCAAACGAUGGAUCCUAUGGAGAGUUUAUUGAAUGUUUGCACACACAUGCAAUCGCUGGUAGAUGACAUUAGCAGUGGUGUUUCUCCCCCUCAAGAAAUUUCUACCAUUAGAGAUGCUUCUAAGGGAAUAGUGGGCUAUGUUGGAAAAUUGCAGAAACAAAUGGAACUCAUUAAUCGCUCUUCAGUUGCUUUUGUUGAUGCAGUUAAUGCUUUAAAGACUUCUUUAAAACAACUUGAAUUAGAAUUGGGGUGCUCUGAUGAUGAUGAUGAUGAUGAUGAUGAUGAUGAUGAUGAUGAUGAUGAUGAUGAUGACGACGACGAUGAUGACGUCGACGACGAACUUGGGAGUGAAAUGAAGAAUCUUGAGUUAGAUUCUUCUUGCCAUUAGUGUUUUUGGAAUGAAUCAACAGUUGUUUGUAAGUGCAUGUCUUUCUUUUAGUUAUGUUUGUGAGUAAUGUUAGUUACUGGUUGUGGUUCCUACUUUGUUGUAGUAAGUCAUUUUGUAGGCUAUAUAAUAGCCAAUGGCAAUUUGCUAUGUUAUGCUUGAAUAAUGAUUUAACUUGUCUCGAAUCA